AAAAAUAUAAUCAUAAGAAGAUAGGUAAUCUAUAUAAAUCUUGAACGAACUUCCCUAAACCUUCUCAUUGGAUUUGUUUCAUUAGCCUACCCCUUACUUUUAACAAAUUUUAGACCUAACUUUAUCUUCUUCUCGUUAGAUUUUUUUCAAAAAUAAAAAUAUGUUAUUCUGUUUUGACUCCCGUCAAUAUUAUGUGUCACUCUACCUAUAUAUAUUCAUACAAUUAGACCCUAUAAAUACUCCUAUACCCAACCAAGUUUGAUACUAAGAAACAAAUAGAAGAGAUCACAUUGAAGGAUUAGAAAUUUGUUUGCUAGAGAGAAAAAGAGUGAAAAGCCUUUAACUAUUUAAAGAUUAUAAUGGAUCAAGGUGACAAAGAAAACCAAAAAACUACCCUCAACAAAUAUGCCUUUGGUUGUGCCAUUGUAGCUUCAAUGAUAUCCAUCGUAUCUGGUUACGAUACUGGUGUUAUGAGUGGAGCAAUGUUAUUCAUAAAAGAAGACAUAGGAAUAAGCGACACACAACAAGAGAUACUAGCAGGAAUAUUAAACCUAUGUGCAUUAGUAGGAUCAUUAGCCGCCGGAAGAACCUCCGAUUACAUCGGCCGUCGUUACACGAUCUUCUUAGCCUCCAUACUCUUCAUGAUUGGUUCAAUUCUAAUGGGAUAUGGUCCAAACUAUGCAAUUUUAAUGGUUGGAAGAUGUGUUUGUGGUGUAGGUGUUGGUUUUGCACUUAUGAUAGCACCAGUUUAUUCAGCUGAAAUUUCCUCUGCUUCUUCUAGAGGUUUUUUAACCUCUUUACCUGAACUAUGCAUUGGAAUUGGAAUUUUAUUAGGUUACAUUUCAAAUUAUUUUUUGGGGAAAUAUUUGAGUUUGAAACUUGGUUGGAGAUUAAUGUUUGGUAUUGUAACAUUACCUUCACUUUUAUUAGCUUUUGCUAUUUUAGCAAUGCCUGAGUCACCUAGGUGGUUAGUUAUGCAAGGGCAAUUUGGGAAAGCUAGAAAAGUUUUAUUAAAAGUUACUAACUCUUCAGAAGAGGCUGAACUUCGUUUCAAUGAUAUUAAAAUUGCCGCGGGAUUAGACCAAAAUUGUAACGAUGAAAAUGUGAAAUUACCACAAAGGGCACAUCAUGGUGAAGGUGUUUGGAAAGAUUUAAUUUUGAGGCCUACACCUAGUGUUAGAUGGAUGUUAAUUGCUGCAAUUGGUAUUCAUUUUUUUGAACAUGCAACUGGAAUUGAAGCUGUUAUGUUAUAUAGUCCAAGAAUUUUCAAAAAAGCUGGUGUUACAAGUAAAGAAAAGCUUUUGCUUGCAACGGUUGGUGUUGGGUUAACAAAAAUUGUUUUUCUUUUAAUUGCUUUGUUUUUGCUUGACAAAGUUGGUAGAAGACGGUUAUUGCAAAUAAGCACUGCUGGAAUGAUUUGUGGGCUUACUGUAUUGGGCUUUAGCUUAACCAUGGUGGAACGUUCCAAUGAAAAGGUUUUAUGGGCUUUGACACUUAGUAUUGUGGCGACUUAUUCUUAUGUUGCUUUCUUUAAUAUUGGGCUUGGGCCUGUUACUUGGGUUUAUAGUUCGGAGAUAUUUCCUUUGAAGUUGAGGGCACAAGGGGCAAGUAUUGGUGUUGCUGUGAAUAGGACAAUGAAUGCUGUUGUUUCAAUGACUUUUAUUUCGAUUUAUAAAGCUAUCACUAUUGGUGGAAGUUUUUUCAUGUUUGCUGCUGUGUCUGUCUUGGCUUGGGUUUUUUUCUAUUUUUUUCUACCUGAAACUAAAGGGAAAGCUUUGGAGGAAAUGGAGAUGGUUUUUUCCCAAAAAUCAACUGGUAAAAAUGUUGAAAUGGGAAAUGAUCCAAUACAUAAUGUCUAGUAUUUUUUAGUUUUAUCAUGUAAUUUUCAAUAUCCACGAUAGACUAUGUAGAUGUGAAUUAUUCAAAGGUUUGUUAUUGUAUUUGUUAACUGAGACAUCUUUAUUUGGUUUUUGAUGCAAA